AUGAGCAGCACAUCACGGGUUAAGGCUCCAAUGGAGUCCCCCUAUGAGGUGAUCGAUCCCAAUGGGGAUGUGCUGCUUGUGCUGCAGGAACAGGCAGGCCGGAUCUAUGCAAGUCUAACCAUUCGGGUACAACAUCUGAACGCCAAAGCAGAACCGGUCAACAUCCUACUCUGCAACCUUACCGACCUCAACGCCGUUUACAUCCUCCUCAACAUCCUGCAUUGCCGCACUCGUCAAGUGCCCCGUGAUUUGGACCUGAACCUCCUUUGCAUGGUAGCAGGGUUGGCUUAG